GCGAAAGUGAGCAGCCAGCGAGGGCUGCCGGGAAAGGCGUCGGCAGGAACGGUUUGUGUCUGUUUGGAGCAGAAGGCAGCGGGUCCUGGGAAGGCAGAUUCUCUAGGUGUCAAGAUGUUCUUUACUUGUGGCCCCAAUGAAGCCAUGGUUGUCUCGGGUUUCUGCCGCAGUCCCCCAGUGAUGAUCGCUGGGGGCCGGGUGUUUGUGGUACCGUGCGUACAACAGAUCCAGAGGAUCUCACUUAACACUCUGACCCUGAAUGUGAAGAGUGAGAAAGUUUACACCCGGCAUGGAGUCCCCAUUUCAGUCACUGGCAUCGCACAGGUAAAGAUCCAGGGCCAGAACAAGGAGAUGCUGGCAGCUGCUUGUCAAAUGUUCCUGGGCAAGUCUGAACCAGAAAUUGCACAUAUUGCCCUGGAGACCCUGGAAGGGCAUCAGAGAGCCAUCAUGGCCCAUAUGACAGUAGAGGAAAUCUACAAGGAUCGUCAGAAGUUUUCAGAGCAGGUCUUCAAAGUGGCCUCGUCUGACCUGGUCAACAUGGGGAUCAGUGUGGUCAGUUAUACCCUCAAGGAUAUUCACGAUGACCAGGAUUAUCUUCAUUCUCUGGGAAAAGCCCGAACUGCUCAGGUACAAAAGGAUGCCAGGAUUGGAGAAGCUGAAGCCAAAAGGGAUGCUGGCAUCAAGGAAGCCAAGGCCAAGCAAGAGAAAUUGUCGGCUCAGUUUAUGAACGAUAUUGAGAUGGCCAAAGCCCACCGAGAUUUUGAGCUGAAAAAGGCUACUUACGACAUCGAGGUGAACACACGGAAAGCAGAAUCGGACCUGGCCUAUCAGCUCCAGGUGGCCAAGACCAAGCAGAAAAUUGAAGAGGAGAAGAUGCAAGUCUUGGUGGUGGAGCGAACUCAGCAGAUUCAGAUCCAAGAACAGGAGAUGAUCCGUAAGGAACGGGAGCUGGAGGCCCAGGUUAAGAAACCAGCCGAAGCAGAACGUUACCGCUUGGAGAAAUUAGCCGAGGCUGAAAGGACUCAGCUCAUCAUGCAAGCGGAGGCCGAGGCAGAAGCCAUCCGGGUGAAGGGCGAGGCUCAGGCGUACGCAGUUGAGGCCAAAGCCCGGGCUGACGCCGAGCAGAUGUCGAAGAAGGCAGAAGCUUUUAAGCAGUAUCAAGAGGUUGCCAUGGUGGACAUGCUUUUGGAGAAGCUUCCAGAGAUAGCCGAAGAGAUCAGCAAACCGUUGGCUUCCGUGAAUAAGAUCACCAUGGUAUCGAGCGGGAACGGAGAUGUGGGUGCCGCGAAGAUGACCGGGGAAGUCCUGGAAAUCAUGAAUAAACUGCCUGACACUGUUGAGAAACUGACCGGUGUUAGCAUCUCUCAGCAGAUGAAUCAAAGAAAACCAGGACGGAUGAACUGACGGCUCAGAAGGACACGGAAAAGUCUUCUUGAGGGUGAACACCCAUGAAUCAUCAUCAAUAUGCACCCAUAUUUAGCGUUCCUCCUAUCGGUGCCCUCCUGUGAAUGCCACACCUUUCUUACGGACAAGAUUGUUGCAUGUCGAUCAGUAUCUGCAAAUGCUGAGGUCUUGUUACUCUGCUGUAGCACCGUGAUAGCUGGUGAUGUCACAGGGUGGGCCUGUGUAGACCGAUGUCCACCAUCAUUUGUAAAACGGGAUCCCUGUUGUUCCUUUCCUUGAUGCUGUUUUUGCUACCUGAGCCCGCUGGUCCCUAGAUACCUUUUUCCUACAAGUAAGCAGUCCUCAAGGAUCUAACAAUAGUUCUAGUUCUAAAAAAGGGCUGGGAAGGAUUUAAGGAUGGAGUAAUGGAUGAAGGUUGAAACCCAAGAUCGGUGUUUUUUUUAAAGGCCGGGUGGGUGACUUUGUUUCAGGGAUUUCUAGCGAGGUGAAGUAAUUUAGGGUUUCGUCCAGUCAUUUCCCUAAAAUGUCUAUUUGCCUAUGUACAAAGAGGAAUUCGGUUUUACAGUCCUUAUCAAUCCUAGUGAUAAGUGCUGGUGGGUAGCCCAGUUCUGUUGAUCUAAACCAAGGGUGGGGAAUGAUGGCCCCUUUUAGGACUUGUGGACUUCAACUCCCAGAAUUCCUGAGCCAGCCAUGCUGAGUUCAGCCAUGCUGGCUCAAGAAUUCUGGGAGUCGAAGUCCACAAGUCCUAAAAGGGGCCAUCAUUCCCCACCCCUGAUCUAACCCUUCCCAACUUGCUUGAUAUAUCAACAUCUCCAUGUGUGCCAUAGUGUUUGGUGCUACCUGUAGCUAAGAGUCCUCAACCAAGCAAACCUCUUCCUUUUGGGUCUUGGUGUCUUUUUCUUCUGUCCUCACCUCCUCACCUCGCCACCACCCUCACUCUCCCAGUCCUUAAUCUCAUUUUUAGGGGGGAGCCUGUGUCCACAGCAGCUUUCCUGUGUUAAAUCAGAAAGAUCUCCCUCAUAAGAAGGCAAUCCACACAGCAACAGGAGAUUCCCUCAGGCUAUGAACGUUCUAAUAGGCCUCUCUUCUGCCUGCAUGUUCAUCUCCUCUUAAAAUCGUCAUCUGAAUGUGCCUUAUAUCUGUUGAACUAACAGAUUAGAUAUACAUCAUCAUUUCCCUAGAAGGGAAAAAUACAAAAGGUCCUCAUUUUCACUGUCUAGUUAUUAUUAUCUCUGCCCCAAGUUUUUGAAGCUUUUCAGUUUUGUACGGUAACCACUGAUGCUCUCACCUUUGCUUCUUGUCCCAAAUUGUUGAAGGAGGCCACCUGCUCAUAUCUUCAUGAAGCACACUUGGUCAGACGGUAGCCAUUCUGCAGUGGCUUAAAUAUCACCCCUGGACCUGUGCUUCAGGAUUCACAUAUGCCAUGUUUGGCCUACUUGCUUGCUUGUUUGUUAUGGCCUCAGCAUGGUGCCUUGUCUAUGUUCGUCUGAAGAGUAGGACAGUCCAUUCUUCAUGCUACUGAGAUUAUCAACUAAGAAUAAAGGCCAAGAUUAAUUAAUGCAUCCCGUAGCCCUUCUGUGUAUCCAUUUCUACUUUCUGGUCCAUGUUUUCACCAUCUAAUAUCUGAACCUUGCUAUGAGUACAGGUAGUCCUCAAUUUACGACCACAGUUGACCAACUUCAUGUUGUUAAAUGAGGAAUUUGUUAAGUGAGUUUUGCCCCUAUUUUACGAUUUUUCUUUCCACAUUUCUUAAGUGAAUCGCUGCAGUUAGUAACACAGGUUGUUAAGAGAAUCUGGUUUUCCCGCCGACUUGGCUUGUUGGGAGUUUGCAAAAGGGGAUCACAUGACCCCCCCCCCCGGGACAUUGCAACCGUCAUAAAUGUGAGUCAGUUGUCUAGCAUCCAAAUGUAAAUCACGUGACCAUGUGCACCAAGCCACUGCAAUGUGCCCUAUGUCACUGCAGUGGUUGUAAGUGUGAAAAAUGGUCACAAGUCACUUUUUUCAGUCCUGUUGUAACUUUGAACGGUCACUAAACGAACUGUUGUAAGUCGAGGACUACUUGUAUAGAAAAUACAUGGCGCAAACUGCAUUUCUUCUGUUUUCACAUGUGAUCCUGCUUUAUCAGUAUAGAUAUAAUAUGAAUUUUGUCUGCAUCAUCUCUAACAUUCCUUUGGAUUGCAAUUGCAGUGAUUAUUAUUAUGGUUGGUUGCACAGUCAUCCAGAUUAGGGGUCUCCAACCUUGGCAACUUGAAGACUUGUGGACUUCAACUCCCAGAGAGACCCCUGAUCCAGAUGAUUAGACUGGGUUUGGCAUUUUUUUAUCCACAAGUUCCUCCCAAGGACCUGGGAUAGGCACAGAGUGUUGUGGAAUAUUAAAUUUAUCAUCACAGAAUGUAAGCUGUUCCAGGUAAAGCUGCCUUUUGUAAUUGACCGAUGCCGAUUUUUGUCAAUUCCAAUGGUGUUCAAUGUUGCUUGAGAUUGUUAUUAUCAUAUCACACAUUGAUGGUCAAUGCAAGAGAGAGAACCUAUCUAAUACUCCUGCUUUUUAUAUUCCCCAUAACAACAACCCUGUGAGGAGGGUUGGGCUGAGAGAGACUGAGUGGCCCAAAAUCACCCAGCCGCCUUUCGUGCCUAAGACAAGAUUGGAACUCUCAAUUUCCUGGCUUACAGGCCAGCAUCUUAACCACUACACCAAACCGGCUCAAACCAUGAGUAACCGUGAGUAUCUAGGAGCCACAAAUUGUAUCUCUCUCAAUAUCUAAGCCAGGGGUGUCAAACUCGUGGCCCGCAAGCCAGAUGCAUCAUGCGUUGGCCACGCCCAUCCCCAUUUUAGCGAAGGGGGGGUGGAGUUGUGAUAUGUCACGUGACGAUGUCGCGAGCUUGACCACCCCUGGUCUAAGCCAUGCAAGCUGCUAUGUAAAGAGGUUUGAGCUGUCAGGGAUUUUUACUGUGGAUAAUAAGAGAUCAUUUAGCUAAUUUAGUGGAUGGUUUCACAUAUUCUGUGAAGGCAUUAAUACCUAUUGCUUCAUUUGCUUUUUGUUCAGUAUGUAUGAACCCGGUCCCUUGUUUGUGAAUCAAAGUGUAUGGCAAAAUAUAUAGAUUUAAGACAUUAAAAUAAACCUUGGUUUUGCGUGAUCCAUAAA